AACGACACGAACAACCAACAGCUGUGGGCGCGCUACGAAGAGACCAAGCACAACGAUCAGGUGAAGAACGCGCUGCUGGAAGACAUCCUCACUCGCUACGACCUGCUCUGCCGCAAGCACCAGAAGUACAUCGAGGAGAACCAGCAAGAUCACGACGCCGCCCGCGAAUCGCUGGGCACCGCCACCUACUGGCACUCACAAGCCCUCAAUCUGCAACGCCUCCUCAACGAAAGCCCCUUCAUCGUCGUCCUCAUCGAUGCCGACCACCUCAUCUUCCACCCCAGCCUUCUUCGCGAGUGUGAGACUGGCGGCAGGAAGGCUGCAAUCCUCCUGCAGAAUGCCAUCAUUGAGUGGUCUACCCGCGAGGUCACCCAAUGCCCUCAACACAUCAAGAUUGUGGUCCGCGCGUUUGGCAACGUCAAGCGGCUCGGAGAUGCAUGUACCCAGGCCGGCCUCAUACCAAACCCCUUCGUCAUAGAAGCUUUCGCACGCGGCUUGACCCUGGCUCUCCCAUCCUUCGACUUUGUCGAUACAGGUCCAGCACCAACGAUUGGACAGUCGAAAGUCAUUGACAGCUUCCAUCUGUACAUCAAGGACUAUCAUUGCCGCCAAGUGCUGCUCGGAUGCGGCAACAGCACCGCCUACACGAAGCUAUUGGAGCAAUACAGCAGCGAUCCACAAGUAUGGGCCCGACUCACCGUGAUUGAAGGCGCUCCUCUCGACAAGGAAAUCAUGGCGCUGCCGCUUCAAAUCAAGAAGUUCCCCACACUUUUCCACGCGGGCAAAGUAGCGAUUCCUGGUCAGUCGAACAGCCCGAGGGAGCGCGUCGACACGCCCGGCGUGGCUUUGAACGCCACGAGCAACGUCUUUACGCCCCGCACCGGGAGCGCCGACAGUUGCGCCGGGACUGCAUCGCCUCAGCCUUUGCGCGCAGGUGGAGCGCCUACAUGGGCUGCCAUCACGACGAAAAAUGCCCACAAGCCCCUGACCGACAUUCCUCGCUCAACACCGGAACCGGCGAAUGCGGUCAAGCGGAACAGACGAGGGCAGCGCCUGGACGUCGAGCUCGAAUUUGACUACGACGAGGUGCAGCGAGUGAAGAGGCUGAAGGCGUGCAACCAGCACUUCAUCGGCGCCGGCUGCUGUCACUUCAACGCGGGGAGGAAGGAUAAGUGCCCUCACAACCACGACGUCAAGUUUACGCAGCAGGAUUUGAAAUGGCUUCGCGCUGUAGCGCGAGAGACGCCUUGCAAGCGAGGUCACGAAUGCACGGAUCCACAGUGCAUCUACGGACACCACUGUCCCUUUCCCGUGGCGACCGAAGGAACCAUGAGGGGUGAUAGAUGCCUGAACGGGGAUCUCUGCCGUUUCCCCCGGAGCAUGCACAACAUGGACACCGUGCCCGUGAAG